CCUUUGUCCUGUCCUUUCCUGUGCUCUGAUCUGCUCUGCUCCCAGCGUGUGAAUGGAGCAGUGUGCGAGUACGGCCUCCCUGCUGGCCUCGGUGCGGGAGCAGGAGAGGCAGUUUGAGAUGCUGAGCCGAGCUCUUGAGGAGGAGCGGAGGUCGUGUGCCGGCACCUUGCCCCGCCCCCUCCCCAACAUGCAGAACGGUCGCAUUCCUUGUGAUGCAGACAUAGAGAGGCUAACACUGAACGAGGGUUACAUCAACGGGACACAUCACUUCAGGAUGGAUCCUGGACAGAUGGUGCAGGAGACGUACAUGGUGCAGGAAGACCCUCAGGAGGCUCCACCUGUUAUCUCCGUGGAGACCAAUGAAGACGGGACCACGAGGCGCACAGAAACCACGGUAAAGAAAGUAGUAAAGACCACUACCACUCGCACAGUCAUCCCCUCCGUGUCAGACACACUGUCCCUGGAUGGGGGGGGCUCAGUGACAGGAAUGAGUGCCUGCACUGGACCAGUCUACAGACAAGCACAACCAGCUGGACCCAUGGAUUACCCCACUCACACUGUGCCCCGCAACUACCACUAUGGACCGCCAGCGGGCUACGAAGACUACCGCACCGGGCCCCCGUCGGAGGCCUACACCAGCCUGAGCCGGGGGGCGCGCAUGGACGAUCGCUACAGACCGGUCCAUCCUGACGGUUACAGAACUCUGGAUCUGAACUACAGAGCCGUCAGCAGGAACCAACUGGACCCCUAUGCUGCUCAGCCUCAGGUCGGGCGUAUGGGAAGUGCCGUGGAGCUCUCCUCCAUCCCCAGGUUUGUCGCGGAGCCGUAUGGUCUGGAGGACGAUCAGCGCAGCAUGGGCUACGACGAGCCCGACUACGGCAUGGGACACCAGAUGCAUUACAGCACCGUGCCCCGCAACCUGCAUGGCUACCAACAUGGGCCCCCCCCACGCAGGGCUGGGAGUUACGAGGGCACGUUGGAUGGCGACAUGAGCGGCCCAGGGGACCAGUACUACUGGGGAGCCGGAGCCCCACUGGCGCAGGGGGAGAGGGGCAGCAUGGCCUCGUUGGACAGCACUCUGAGGAAAGUUCCGGGUCCCGGCCCCGGAGGCUGGCGUCAGCCAGAGCUGCCAGAGGUCAUCGCCAUGCUGAACUACAGGCUGGACCCCGUCAGGAGCAACGCAGCGGCCUACCUGCAGCAUCUCACCUACAAGAACGAUAAAGUCAAGACUGAUGUGCGUCGAAUGAAAGGCAUCCCAGCACUCGUCUGUAUGCUCGACAACCCAAACAGAGAGGUUCACUACGCAGCCUGUGGAGCGCUAAAGAAUAUUUCAUAUGGCAAAGACCACGACAACAAGAUCGCCAUCAAGAACUGCGAUGGAGUGCCCGCUCUGGUCCGGUUGCUGAGGAAGACCCACGACCAAGACCUCACUGACAUCAUCACAGCACCUCUCGCAGCUCCUCCACCUGCGACCCGCUCCUUCGACUGCUCAUCCACCUUCGGCAACGGAAAUUGCUCCGCACACGACGCCAGCCUCCUCUCACUCCUCUGCCUCUACUGUGAAGGGGACGCCACAGAGUAA